CGGGAGAUGAGCAGGGAGUUGCCGGGGCUGGCAGCCAGGGAGAAAUGGAAGGAUCAGCCAAGUACCUGGAGCUGUUGCACAUGGCAGAAGAUCACUUCCAGCAAUCUGUUGCAGUGCCAGAAAGCUGUGAUGAAGUGAGCCCAGGUGAUGAAAUCCUGGCACUACUACAGACAACCCCCAUUGAUCUGAAGGAAUUGGAGAGAGAAGCAGCUUGUCUUCCUGCAGAGGAUGAUGACAGCUGGCUGGAUAUGACACCAGGUGCUCUGGAUCAGAUGCUGAAGGAGACAAGAAAUGAGUCCCUUCCUUCCCCAAAUGAGGAGGAGCAAAACUAUGACUUAGAAACAGUUGCUGAGAGCAUGAAGGCUUUUGUGUCCAAAGUGUCCAUGCAGGAAGGAGCAGAAAUGCCAUGGUCAUCUGAUGAAUCUCAUGUUACCUUUGAUGUGGAUUCUUUUACCAAAGCCCUGGACAGAAUUUUAGGGGCAGACUCGGAGGAGCUGGAUUCUGAUGAUGUGGAUGAAGAGGAGGAGUUUGGUUUCUCAGCUGAGGAUGAUGAAGAGCUGGAUGCUGGGAAUGGAAGGCAGGAGCAGAAGGUGUCUCCUGAGGAGCUCGUGGGCAGUCUCAAGGCAUGCAUGGAGGAGAUGGACCGAUGGAAUUAAUUAGGGACGACAGGUGGUUUGUGGUUCCCUUUCAAUGGAUUUCUGUCCAAGUGUAUUCUGAAGUUGUUUAACUGGUUAAUUUUCCCUUACUGUCUGUGUUUCAACUGGGGGAAUCUCAAUUCACCUGCAAUGCUGAGGGGAUCAAUGGAAAGAAACCGUGCCUUGACCAUUAUUCCAGGGCUAUCAAUGGAUGGGAAAUCCCCAUUUUCUUGCUGAAAUAGAUCAGGGAACACCCUUUAUGAUGGGAUUCAAUCGGUUUGAAAUGAGAGAAAGCCUUCAAUUUUCAUCAUCUUUCAGUUUAAAAAGACAAGGAAUCUUUAUUGUACCUUAGUUUUUAGAGUUUAAAUUGGUAGAAAUCCCCACUGAUUCCAUCAUUUGAGGGAUUGAUAUUGUAGGACAAAAAAAGGACUGGUAAAAAAAGGUGGUACUGAAGGGCAAGAAAAAAGAAGUGGAAAAAAAGUUUGCAGAAAAGGGUGGGAAAUGAAAGUAGGAAAAAUAGGUGGCAAAAAAGGCAGAAUAAAAAAUGAGAGGGAAAAAAGUGGCAAAAAAGUGGGGAAAAAAGGCACCAUAAAAGGGGGGAGAAAGGACAGAAAAAAGCAGGGAAAAUAGCACAAAUAAUGGGGGAAAAAGGGGGAGCAGAAAAAGGGAGGAAGAGUUAAAAACGGAGAUGGCAUAAUGGUGAAAAAGUGGUGUUUCAGAAGCAGGAAAGUCUAGAAAGGUGAGUGUUGAAAGCGAAGGGAGACGACCCAUCUUGUUGAUCAGCAUCGACUCCGAUUUAUUGAUCAGUCAUCUUUUAUAAUAGUGUUAAUUAACUUCAUGCAUAUUGCAAAAUCCAAGUUCAUGAUAGGUUACAGAGAAAACUCUAACCCCUCCUUUGGUUUACAAUACCCGUGGUUGUUUAUUGAAACCAAAAUUAAUGUUCUUACUGUGAUAUGAAAAGUUCUCAAAACCUUCAUAUCUUUUCCCAGAGCAGCCAAGGACUGUUAUGAGAAGACUGUCUGAGAAUCCUGCUGUUUAUAGAAAACGUGCCUGAGAACCCACUUAUUUACAAAAUCAAGCCUGGGAACUGCUGCUUUACAGCUGCCUUUUACUUUCCCAUCAGCUGUAUACCUUCAUGGCCUCUUUCUUUAAGCCAUGCUCGAACCAGGUUCUCCACAGCAGGCCAACGCUGCCAGAUGGAAAUUGCCAAGGGCACGAGGCUGGGAAGUGAAGAGCAGAGCUGCUGUGAAGGGAAAGCUCAGUUCAUUCAGAGAGAUCACACAGGUGCCUUGAGCACUGUUACAGGUAGGAAGCAGAAAAUGAGAGAUUUCCAGUAAAACCUUUGUAGUUAGUGGGGAAAAGGAGUCGAGAUGCCCAAUGGCUGCAGGGAUGGUGAUCUAAAUUAGUUCUGAGCAGAUUUCCUUUUUUUUAUUUGGUGAGGGUUAUUAACCUUACCUGCAGCUUUAAGGCCAAAUAGUUUUGGAAUCUAUUCUAGUUUAAUCUAGCUGUCCUCCAUGCUGCAUACUCACAGCAGCCAUAUUUAACUAUCAUAUGAUGUGUGAAUUUGCUUGUGUCCCUAUCCCAAAUGUCAUCCUUCCUGGGUUUUCAGCUUCUUUUUAACAUGCUAGUAAAUCUUCUGCAUCCCUCUGCAGUAUUUCCAUGGGUAAACCCACUGAAGAGCACAAGCUAAAGGAUGCUGCCUCCAGCUGAGCACAGGGAGCAGUGGGAAAGGAUGUUAUAUCAGCUUUCCAUCUGCUGCUAGGAUGAAAAGAGAGCAAGAUUUUGAUUUAGGGAGCUGAAGGCUGGGGCAGAUCAGUUUGUUUAAGCCGUGCUUGAGACUGAACACAGGGAUUGUACCUGUGCAUUUACAGGUUAUUCUGACAACCUGUCUGCUGCAGCUGCCAGAGGUCAGCUGCUCGUGGUUCCCUCAAAAAGGUUUGCUGACAAAUGACUUUUACAAGGUCAGGUUGUCAGAGUGUUCCCUGGAGUGCUUAUGUCCUCUCAGGCCAAACAUCAGGCUCAGUGUGUGUCCACAGUGUCUUGGAGCUUGUUUAAAAGUAAAACAAUUUUUUCAUGUAAGAACUGUAAUACUGAAGUCAGACCUUGUGCCAUCCACAAUGAUGGAUAGCAAAGCGUGGCCUUUCCACACAGCAGCAGAGCAGCCCAGGUGAUGGGAGAGCAUGUGGUGAGUGAAUUUUCUACCCACACUGUUCCCAGAUAAGAUUUUUCUGAGUCAUGCCUUAAGUUUUAGCUUUUAUAUUUUUCAGAUUCUGUACUGCUUUGGUGUGUAGUUCUGAGCUUCGUAUCAAGUGUUAGUAAGCUUUCUUCACAGAGUAGGGAGACAAAACAAUUCCUUCUCUAGCUGAGGACCGAGGACAAUUGAUCCAAAUUUCGGGCCCAGGAGCAUAAACAAGGAUGAAUUGAAAAGAGAUAAACAAGCAGGAUGGGACUUCAUAACCUGAAGCUGUAAUUGCACAAUUAACUCCAAGAUGCAAAUGCAGCAGAACUUAUGAAAGUGACAGACUCCGUGACCGGGUGUCCAUUUUGUGCCCAUUUUGGUUCACCUUGGGUGGGCUCUUGUGCUGCCCAAGGUGGAUCCAUGGAGGAGAUUCUGUUAAUAAAUCCCUGCUUUAUUCUUUAGCUCUGUCUGACCUCUGUUCUAGCUCAGCCCUCUCAAGGCAUCAUGAGCAGUCAGAGAUCAAACAAGUUGUGUCAUGAGGUUUGCUUACUUCAAUCCUCUGCUGGCACCUGUUAGAGAUCAACAUGAGUUUUAUGCCCUGCUAUUUUUGGGAGGCAGGUGGAAUGUUGCUCUCAACCUGCUAGUCAAAAAGUUACAUCUGAUUGAUCAGAUGAGUGCUAUCAUUCCAUAUCCUGCUGACUGGCAAUACCUGUGAGCAGUUGGGCUGUAAUGCCCCAGCUGGCAGCUUUUCAGUGCUGGCUCUUGCUGUAAAUCCCUAAAAGCAGAGGAGUCUCAGUGAUUUAUACAAGCCAAGUGUUGCCAAAGAGGAUUCAGUUAAGGGAUGCAUUCUUGAGAGAAAUAUGUUGUUGCUCUGUGCCCUUCUGCCUGCCUGGUACCUUUUCCAUGGGAAAGCCCUGCUGUGUUUUGGUGAGGAAGCCUCUGUCAGGGAUUGCCUGUUCCUUUUUCUAGGUCACUUGCCUUUAUGGAGCAUGUCCUGUCUUGACUACAGUGAAUGUUCUUCAGGCUUCAGACAGAUUUCUGAGGCAAAUGCAAGUGAGGACAAUGUCCCUCACCUCAUUUUUCUGUCCUGCUCAGGGCUGGGUACUGCCUAUCAUCACUCCUGCUAGCUUAACAUCGUGAAUGGAGGCCACCAAUGUUGUUUCAUAACUAAGUCAAAAGGGUCUGCAGGGUCUGAGGAUUUUAUAAAACAGUUUAAAAUGUAAUGCUUUUCCAAAGAUGUGAUGUGAUUAUUAUCUUGUAGGUGUUCUAGCUCUACCAAAAAAUCCCCUAUUUGAGUAGAUUGAAAAGACUUUUUCUCUCACUGGCAGCUAAAAUACCAGGAAGGGUGUUUGUAGAUACCACCAUGGCCUGAAGGAAUCCCCUCCCAACCUCCUGAAGUAAAAGUAACCUAAGCAAACACA